AUGGAGGACACUGUUCAACUGCAGGUCCCUGUUCUCCCGCUGAAGUCUGAUGAUUUUUUCAUCCUGCGCGGCAAUAAAGUCAUGCGCACCGGCAAGAUGUUCCUUCAGAUCGAUGAUGUCGUCCGUCAGCUCCUUGUUAGCACGCGCCAGUUCCUCACGGUCCAGAGCGCGCCUGUGAAGGAUGGCUCGUUCUAUCUCCUUAUCCUCGUCGACGGCAGAAAAUCCCGCGAAUGCGUCUGUCAAGGUGCCGCGAUACACCUCUCGUAA